CAUCCUUUCUCCCCCUGUUCUCCAGACUUCUAAUAUUUCACAAGCCUAUGAUCGGAAAGUCAUUGGACGUUUCCUAAUACGGCGUCGUACUGUAUCUUUUGAUAGCCCUUGUAUUGUUUCAAGGCCCCUCUCUCCUUCCCUUUUGCUCAAAGGCCCUCUCUCUAUAUAUCCCUCACUUCUCCCUCCCAAUAUCCCUUCUGUGAGUCUGUGAUUUUACCUUUGUAUUUCACCUUUUCAUGUCUUAGAUUUCUCUGCAUUUCAGGCUUCUUCUUCACGUUUCCUCCGCUUUGUUCAACCAUCUUUAUUCUUCUUCUUGGGUCUCAAAAAAAGGGGGAAAAAAGACCACCUUUUUCUCAUCUCUGCUGCUACUUCACACUCUAUUUGUUUUAGGGUCUCUUUCUUCUGGUUUUUUCUUUGAUUUCAAUGCUUAUAGUGAGUACAGUGACAAUCUAAAGUGAAGGGAAACGAAGCGUGGUUUGAGAUGGACCAGAGUUUGUCAUAUCCGAUCAAGUACACUGAGCAUCGGAGCAUUACUAAUAAGCAGACAAGACAGAGUCGGAGGCCGCCGGAGCAAAACUCCGGCGUACCCAGAGUUGUUCGGAUAUCAGUCACCGACCCUGAUGCUACGGACUCCUCCAGCGAUGAAGAGGAUGAGCUUUUUAGUCGUCAGCGCGUGAAGAGAUACACAAACGAGAUCAACAUUGCUACGGUGUCUAAAAGCAUCGCUCCGGUGGCCGGGCGCAAGAGGGGUGCCGGAGCGGGAGAGAUGGCUCCCUGCCGGAGACCUAUGAAGGUGGCCGCGCCGACGAACGGACGGAAGUUCCGUGGAGUCCGGCAACGGCCGUGGGGGAAGUGGGCGGCGGAGAUUAGAGAUCCGGCGAGACGUGUACGCCUCUGGCUGGGCACGUACGACACCGCCGAGGAGGCAGCAAUGGUGUACGACAACGCGGCAAUCAAGCUACGUGGGCCCGACGCUCUCACUAACUUUGUCACACCUCCGCCGCCCCCUAAGCCGGAAAUAAAUCUCACUGCUGUUUCCGGCUACGAAUCCGGCGACGAGUCCCGCAACCUCUCAUCUCCCAUCUCCGUCUUGCACUUCAGAACCCACUCCUCCUCAACCGACGAAGCCGAGCCGUCGAACCGCUCCGACCCCGUUCACGAAACCGAAUCCUCCGAGCCAGUCCAGAACCCCGAAACCCAUCAACAACAACCGGUUCAACCGGUUCGAGAGGAGUGCCAAGGAGAAACGACAAAUACAGGGGAUUCCUCCGUGGAUUAUCUACCUAUGGACCUGCCAUUUAUAAACGAUAUGUUCAAUUUCGAAGCUCCGGGUUCAAUCUUUGAAGACCCUUCAAUACUACCAGAAAGCGUAUUGAACGAAGAUUUCAGUGACAUGUUUUUAGACAGUCCGAUAAAUUUCGACAUAUCAUCAUCGUGGCGAUUAGAGGACGAUUAUUUUCAAGACAUCGGAGAUUUAUUUACCUCUGAUUCACUUUCAGUUCUCUGAAAUCCCUGCAAUCUUCGUCUGGAGUGAGCGUUUUUGAUUGUUGGAUUGCCGAAAUCGGCAAAUUUUGUACCAACGAGAAAAAAAAAUCGGCUAGUUUCUCA